UGCAAUAUGUGCCACAUUAAUUUUAUAUUUUCAAGUCUCUUUUAAGUUUGAACACACAAAAUAGGAUAAGGAUGCAUUUCUCGACUUUUAUAUAUACCUUUCUCUUAACAUCAAAUUAAAGCAACUUGUUCACAUUGAACCAAAUCAUUCAUACAACAUGUCAGAUGAACAAAAGGAUAUUAGUCGACCCACCGUAAAUUUUCUGCCGAGCAUUUGGGGUGAUGAGUUUUUGGCAUGUGAACAGCAAGAAUAUGAUGAAGGGAUAGAAAAAGAGGUUGAUGUCUUGAAAGAGGAAGUGAAGAAACAAAUAUCGGCAAGUUUGAAUGAACCGACAGAACAUUUGAAUUUGUUAAAGCUGGUUGAUACUAUCCAACGCCUUGGAAUUGCAUAUUAUUUUGAAAAAGAGAUUAGUCAAGCCUUGCAACAAUUCUUUGAUGCAUAUGGUGAACAUAACUGGAAUGGUGUGGGUACUUCCUUGUGGUUUCGACUCAUGCGACAACAAGGCUUUUUCGUCUCAAGUGAAACUUUCAAGACAUACAAGGAGAAAGAGGGAUGUUUUAAUGAGUCAUUAAAAAAUGAUCUUCAAGGUUUACUUGAUUUGUAUGAGGCAACGUUUCUGAGCAUGCCCAGUGAGGUCAUACUAGACGAUGCUCGUGAUUUUUCAAAAACAUGUCUUGCUGAGAUGGCAAAGAAUCAUCUUUUGAGCGACCCAAUUGUUUCAACUGAAAUACAUGAGGCACUAAAGCAACCUUUACAUAAAAGGUUGCCAAGACUCGAGGCAAUACGUUACAUACCUUUCUACGAACGCCAAAUCUUUCAUAAUCACUCGUUACUAAAACUUGCCAAGUUAGGGUAUAACCUGCUCCAAUCUCUCCAUAAAAAGGAGAUUUGCCAAAUAUCCAAGUGGUGGAAACGCUUUGAUAUCCCAACCAAUGUACCAUAUGCAAGAGAUAGAUUGGUUGAAUGCUACUUAUGGGCAUUAGGGACCCAUAGUGAGCCUCAAUAUUCUGUAGAAGCUGUUCAGAGGUGGUCAAAUACAUGUGUGGAAGACCUUCCCGAAUACAUGAAACUUCUAUACCAAAUGCUCAUGGAUCUUCAUGAAGAAAUGGGGGAAUUCUUGGCAAGAAUGGGAAAACUCCAUCAACUUAAUUAUGUCAAAGACACGAUCAAAGAAUACAUUAGAAGCUACAUGAUUGAAGCAAAAUGGAACCAUGAAAACUAUACUCCAACAGUGGAGGAACACAGAGAUGUUACAUAUAUCAGCACCGCAUUUAACGUUCUUCUUGUUACAAGUUUUGCUGCUGAGGGUAAUGUAAUAACGGAUGAGCUAUUCCAUUGGCUUUUCAGCUAUCCUCCUAUUGUCAAAGCUAGUUUUGGGUUAGGCAGGGUGAUGGAUGAUAUUGUCACCCACAAGGAGGAACAAGAAAGAAAGCAUGUUGCCUCUGUCAUCGAAUGCUAUAUGAAGGAAUUCGAUGUCGAUAAGGAACAUUCACAAGGUUUUUUCAUUGAGAUGAUUGAAGAUGCUUGGAAAGAAAUGAAUAAAGAGUCCAUUACAUGUAAAGAUGUUAAAAUGCCAAUAAAAAGACGAGUUAUGAACAUAGCACGUGUAAUGGAUGUCCUAUACAAGAAUAAGGACCAUUUCACACAUGUUGGAGAAGAGCUCAUAAGUCAUAUCAAGUCACUUCUUGUCGACCCUAUCUCCAUAUGAGUUCUAAUACUAAUUACUUAUAAUUCAACAUGAACCACAUAAUAUUUCAUAAUGCUUCAUCGUUCUUUUAAUUUUUUAUUUAAUUUCUCAUGUAAUUUUGUGUUUUAUUUUUGUUUUACUUUCGUGUUAGUUUGCUAAUGUAUUUGUUUUUAACUAAUUUUGUAAGUUUGCAAUAUUGUAAUAUAAUGAGUAUUUGCAUCAAUAAAAAUAUAUUAAUAUGCCU